AUGGCAUCGUCACAACCUGUAGCUCUCGUCAUAGGCGCCUCCCGCGGCAUAGGUCGCCAGAUAGCCAUCAACCUAGCGAAGAAUGGCUACGCAGUAAUGCUCGCCGCCAAAACCACCUCCAACCCAGACACAACGCACCCGUUUCCCCCGGACCCCAACUCCCCCUCCUCCACGAUCACCACCGUCGAGCGCGAGAUCCACCUCCUCGGCGGCACGGCCUCCUCCGUCGCCGUCGACGUUCGCGAUCCCGCGCAGAUCGCCAACGCAGUCACCCAGACGCUACGCAUCUUCGGCCGCCUCGAUGUGCUGGUGUACAACUCUGGGGCGAUCUGGUGGUCGUCUGUGGAGGGGACGCCGCUGAAGAGGUUCAGGCUUAUGCAGCAGGUGAAUCCGGAGGGGCUGUACGCGAGUGUGCAGGCGUCGUUGCCGGCUUUUGAGAGGAAUGGGUGGAGGGGCAGGAUUGUGGUUGUUUGUCCGCCGAUUUAUUCAAGGUUUUUCAGGGGGAAGACGGGCUAUGCAAUGGGGAAAGUUGGAAUGAGCGUCCUGGUCAAGGGUCUGGGUAUGGACUUUGUUCGACAGAACAGAACUGAGAUGGCGAUUACGGGGAUCUGGCCCGCCGUGGCAAUCGAGUCCGCCGCAACCGAAUUCAACAAAUCCGACGACCAGACCUACAAGAACGAUCUUCGCAAACCGACCAUCUUCUCCGAUGCUAUUCUCGCCAUGCUGCGCGCUUCCCCGGCCACAGUCAACGGCCGUCUGGACACCGAUGAGGACUUUCUGCGGGAUGAAUGCGGGGUGACGGAUUUCUCGGCGUACGCGGUGGUUCCGGGAUCGACGCCCCGGCGGAUCAUGCCGGCGCGGUUCCCUAGUCUGGAGGUUGCGGAGCAGGAUGACGAGGGACAGCGGAUGGAUAGUGCGAAGGUUCGGGCGAAGAUGUAG